AGGGUUUUACGAUAUUUGUUAUCCGAUUUCUAAUCUUUAAAUCUCGUGUUCCUUCCUAUUCACAAUAAUAAAAGUGUUCGAACUAGUCAACUUCUAUCGGUGUGAGAUUUUGUGGUGAAACUCGAUAUCCAGAUUAUCAUCGUAAUCUUGAUUUGAACUCGUAAAACUUGGAUUAAUCGGAGAAACAUGUGGUUCUCGUCGUACUGGAGACCUAGAGAUCGAUUCACGUUCGAUGAACUCAGCAAUUCAAUCGACCAGCUGAUGAAAGUUCAAGUUAUUAAUGACGUUAACAAGGAUUUUGUGAUCAACCCACUGAGAUCAAUUGCAGAGCUAAUAACAUAUGGCGACCAACAUGACUUAAACUUCUUUGAGUUUUUUAUGGAGAAAAAGGUCAUGGGGGAAUUUGUACGUAUACUGAAGAUCAGUAAGAUUGUUUCAGUUCAAUUGUUGCAAACAAUGAGCAUUAUGAUUCAGAACCUGAAAAGUGAUCACUCAAUAUAUUAUCUGUUGAGUAAUGAGCUUAUAAACUUCCUUAUAACUUAUCCUUUUGACUUCCGGGAUGAAGAGCUUUUGUCAUACUAUGUAUCCUUCCUCAGAGCAAUCAGUGGGAAGUUAAACAAGAAUACCAUAUCUUUGCUUGUUAAGACUGAAAAGGAGGAAAUAGUUUCCUUUCCACUUUAUGUGGAGGCAAUUCGUUUUGCUUUUCAUGAAGACGACAUGAUUCGUGCUGCAGUUCGUGCAUUGACACUAAAUAUCUAUCAUGUGGGAGACAUACAUGUUAAUAAAUACAUCGCCACCACCCCUCAUGACAAGUACUUUUCGGACUUGGUUAAAUUUUUUAGAGAGCGCUGCAUUAGCUUAAAUGGAUUGUUAUCACCUACCACAGAAAGCCAGAGUCCAGAAUCAACGUCUAAAAUAGUCUCUGCAGUGGAUGAAAUCGAAGACAAUCUAUACUAUCUUAGUGAUGUUGUAUCUGCCGGGAUUCCAGAUGUUGGGACAUUAAUUACAGACAGCAUGUUGAAACUUCUCAUUUUUCCAAUGCUUCUUCCUUCAUUAAGAAUUGAAGUUUCUGAUGGAAAGAAGUUGAGUUCAGUCACCUCUCUUUGUUUGUUGUGUUACAUACUGCGGAUCCUUAAGAUUAAAGAUCUGGCGAAUACCGUUGCAGCCGCCCUAAUUUGUUCUGUUGAGUCAUUUGGGCCAAAUAUUGAGGCUAAACGCCUCGAUGGCUUCAUGGCAGACCAUGAUAAGGAGAGCCAUGUAGAUGAUGAGAAGCCAGGUGGAAAUCUUGAGUCUAAUAGCGUUCAAGAUAAUUGCUGGCAUUCUGCUUCAGUUUUAAGGGAUGCUUUGAUUUCUUACAUCACAAGUGGAGAUGAUAUGCAAGUGGUUGGUUCUUUGAGUGUAUUGACCACACUCUUACAAACUAAAGAGCUUGAUGAAUCAAUGUUAGAUGCUCUUGGAAUCCUUCCACGACGUAAACAACAUAAGAAACUCUUGCUGAAAGCCUUGAUCGGCGAGGACACCGGUGAAGAACAACUUUUUGCUUCAGAAAACUACUCAUCAAAUGAGGUUGAGCUCAAUAUUUACCUACAAAGAUUAAAGGACCAAUAUGAAGUGUCGUGUUCAUACCAGGAAGUUGCGGAAAGCCCACAUGUACAUAGACGUCUAGUACUUGAUGCGUUGAUUGGUCUUUGUUGCCGAACAAGCAUAUCAGCAGAUGCUUUAUGGCAUGGAGGUUGGCUUUUGAGGCAAUUGCUUCCGUAUAGUGAGACUGAGUUCAACACUCACCAUCUUCAAUCCCUCAAGGAUUCCUUUACUAAGCGCUGCAACCAACUUGUUGAAGAACAAAGAGGAUCCUGUCCCGAUCUACUCAUACAAGUGUUGUGUGAUGAGUGGAGAAAAUGCAAAAGAGCAAUUGAGGCUUCCUCCCCUCGAAAGGAACCUAAGUCCAUACUCUUCCGAACAAAGAAAUCUUCUUUCGAUGCUGGUGAAACAAUGUACGAGCGUGUAAAGGUGUUCGUGCUUCUCCAUCAGCUCCAAAUUUGCUCAUCCGGUAGACCGUUACCAGAUCAGCCUCCUAUUCUGCCUCCGGCUGACUUCGCUGAAAUUUCCCGAGCAAAAUCUGCUGGUCUGUAUAUUAUUGGUCCAAAACUGUGCACUGAAUUACAUGUUGGUUAGUCUUUGCUUAUCUAGUUAUUAAAGGUUGCAUACUUGAUCUA